ACAUUGCGCCGCACAGUGUGCGGGGCCAAGAAAAAUGCACCAAGAAUUGACGGGGAAAGCAAGGAAACAAGCAAGUGGUUCGAUUUUUCGCUAAUAAUCCCCUUCUCGUUGCGCGGUGUGUGGUUUUUAUCGUAGCAGGGCGGACGUGUUCCCGGCCAAGUUUCACCCGUGCCAGUGUCGAAGUGUUGUACGGGUUCCACACGCAACGGUGCGCGCCGUAUGUGUGUAUACUGUGUGUCGGGAAGUGGAAAAAGCCCAACUCGGUCGGUACCGUCGGUCGCGCUGUCUUGUGAUCUGGCGAUGCCUCUUGCUUGACCACGGAAGGAGAAGGCGUUUUUGGAAGUGUAAAUACUAUUCAAGCUAUGAUUUGCCGCAGUGAACUGUUCGAGAUCAUCUAAGACGCAACAAUAUAAGCAGUAGUGUUGAAAAAAAAAGCUGUGAUAGAAUAAAACGGGAUCUUAUUGUUUGCUGAAAGCAGCGUUUUGCACGAGUGACGCUGGCGUCGAUCCCGUUUGACGCACGGAUUGCCUCCGGAUGUGCCGCAAUACGAGAACGUAGCACGUGAGCCGUCAGCGCCGGAUCUAUUCGGUAGAGCAAACAGAGCUUUGCAGAGCUGUCCUCUGUGCAGGUGGCCCGCAGGAAUCGAGACGUGUUCCUUAUAGUGUGCGGCGAAAGCGACGCUAGAAGAAACGGGCGAUGGCAGAAGCGAUCAUAGCCGAUUGGAUCUCCGACUACAGCUCGCUGCAGGAAUCGGAACUGCGAACGUUCGCCGCCCAGCACGAGAAUGACUUCGAAAUCUCGAAGGCACUCUACACCAUCCUGAACGAGCGGACGAAGUAUAAGGACCUUAUUCAUCCCAUCUGCAAUCAGCUGUGCAAUUUCUAUCGCUCCAAUGAGGCCGAACUGCGCCGCUUCACGUUGCAGUUUGUGCCGAUGCUGAUCUAUCUGUAUUUAAACUCGGUAGCACUGGGCGACAAGAAGGGCUGUCGAUCGAUCGAAACGCUACUGAUCUGCAUUUACAACAUUGAGGUCAGCUCGGAUGACGGCAGUCCAAAGGUGGUGUCUUUUCGAAUGCCUGUCCUCGCGCAGACAUCCGUCUAUCAUGAGGAGAAAAGUCUACAGCCAAGUGAUUUACGGCGGUGGGAAGAGAACAGCAAUAAGGACAUCAACUGGGGUCCGCUACCCUCAAUUGAAUCGAUCAACGCGCAGAACCGGCUCAAGGUGAUGACGGCCCUGCUGUUUACGUACAACCAGCAGCUCAAUCAGAUCCACAAACCGGCCCUCUACCAUCUGUGCAAAACGACCUCGCUGCUGGUGAACCAAGGCUUUCCGAAGCUACCGGGCGGCCACAUGCACCGCUCGUCGUACGGCAAUGAUCCGAUCUCACCCCAGCAGCCGAUGGCGAUGGCAGCGCCGUCGCACGUCGUCCGGCCACCGCCCCGGAUCGCCGUGAACUCGCAGUUCCUGGUGGAGCUGGCGCAUGCCAACUACUUCGCCAUGUUUAACGAGUUUGCGUCGGCCGCGAUCGAGGCGGUGACGGAUCUGCACAGUCGCGCGUGCUACGAAAUGCUUCCCGAGGUGAUACUGGUGACGAAUGCGAUACGCAACUCGUUGCAUGCGAAUCCUUCCGGUCAACCCAGUGACGGUCCGAUGGGUAUUAGUGUUGCACUGACGCCUGCCACGACCACGGUGACGGUCUCGAAAUCGAUGAUUACGAACGCUUCCUUCCGGACGAAGAAGCUACCAGACGAUCUGGAGGUGGAGUUUGUGAAUGCGCUGCAGUCCACGCAACAGGAAAUGAUGAGCAAGCUGGCGAUGAUUGACGCCGACGUAGGAAACGACGCAGGAGGCGCUGGAACGGCAGUUGGUGGCGCUGCUGGUGGUGGUGGUACAGGCACGCAAAUUGCAGUUAAUAUUGGACCGGAUGGUACCGUCGAUCCUGACACAAACAGUCCACGGACCGAACCGAAAAAGAAGGAAUCAUCACGAAAAUGGAAAAACUGGGGCUGGAAAACGAACGCUCCGACCGGUGCGGCAGCGAAUGCUAAUGGAACCGGUGCCGGUGGUACGAAGCAGACCAGCAUCGAGGAGGAGGCAGAUUCACCGAAACGGUCCGGAGGCUCCACACGUCACUCAAGUCCGGCCGAUUCACCCAAGCACAAGCUGCUGCUGGGAACGGGCAAGGUGGAGGACGUGAAUUCGAACGCCAGCGUCUCGCCGGCAUCGCUGAGACGCAAGAAGUUCCUGUCGAGCAAGAACCAAUCACCGGUAAAUCGAUCGGAGGCACGGGCCAGUGCCGGUGCCCGGUUGUACGAGGAGUUCGAGAGCAGCCUGCAGGACUCGGAUUCGGACGAGUUGGCAGCGUUGAUAGUGAAUGGGCGGCCGGCAACGAUCCAUCUCAUACAACCGUCCACCAUUCCAGACGAUAUUCCAAUACAGGGGCCAACGAAGGAGGAGAACGGUGCGCCCGGACACCAGCAUCUGACCAGCAUCAACGAAGAUUGUGAGAGCGGGCUACCGUCGACGGACGGCAGCACGAAGGGUACAAUUGCUGGGGCAGGCACUGGGUCGUCCACAGCGAGCGGCACCCCGGGCAAACCGAAGGACUCCAAAACGCAUAAGGUGCUGGGUGGAUUCAAGAAGCUGAAGCCGGAAAAGGAUAAGGACAAGGAGAAGGACAAAGACAAGGAGAAGGAUAAGGAUAAGGAUAGGGAUAAGGAGGGCGGCAGCGGCACAACGCCCGUGGUGCUCGUUUCCACCGGUUCCGGGGGCGGUGUGACGCUUCCGGUGAAUAGUAGCGGUGCGGCAGCAGCCACCGGCAUCAGCGUCGGCGGCACGUCGCUGGUCGAGGAAGCGAAGGCGCUAAUGUCAUCGGCGAAGAAGAUCAACUCGAAGGAGAAAUUAAGUGCGUCCGGUGGUGUCGGUGGAGGCCAGCCCGCAACCGUUGUCGUCCUCUCGAACGGAAGCAUCCUGAUGGGAUCGGGUCCGGCGUGCGGUACGGCGAACGGGGACAGUGUGGACGGGACGAUCGUAACGAGCACGGCCAACGGUGGAAUCGGCGGCAAGCAGUCACUCGAUAUUGGGGAAUCGUUCGAUUCUGGCAGUGAGUUGCUGCAGCAACAGCAGCUGCACGCCUCAACCACGAUCAACAACAGCAGUGCCAGCAGCAAUGGAGGCAACACGAUCAAAACCACCGUGCUGGAUAUGAAGAACCACGGCAGUAUACAAGUUAGUCAAGUUUAGAUUGUCGUCCAUUCGUUUGUCGGGCCUACCGCUAGGACACCUGUCUGUUUUCCCCAUUUAGUUUAGUGGGUAAGGGAAGAAAUGCGUUGAGUGUGUGGAAUGUAUGUGAAGUAAGCUAUAUUCCUUUAACUCAUUUCCUUUCAAUUGUCAUGAAGCACUCCGCACACACACACAGUAUUGCAGUCCUGCCAGUAGGACAUUCUUUAACGCUCACACACACCUUCCCACAUGUCCCUUCAUGUCCUGUUUUCCCUCCGCGUACACGGUCCCGUAGAGAAAGAUGCGAAAAUGUUAAACUGGCUAGCCACCGUCGGGGGGUCGUCGGUGAUUAUAGAUAGUGUACGUAUAUGUUGUGGUGCGAUUUUGUUACUAUAUAUACCAAAUAAGUGCGGUUGAACGGGCAGUGGAAGAUAGUGGAACUGCUACUAGGGUCCAUAGUGUGUUAUAAUUUGUGUGUUACAUUUGGAAGUAUUUUCUUUGUCGUUUUUUUUUUGUUUGUACAGAUCAUUGUUUUUCUUUUCGAGCCAGAAUUACUAUAUGUUUAUUCUUAUCGUCUAAUAUUACUAAUGUGAUAGUCAGCUUUUGUUGUAUUUUAUAUUCGCUUUAAUUAUCAUUCUCUCCAUUUAAUCGUUAUUUUGUUUCGCUUCUAAUCUUUUAAUUUCCCCGUAUGCCCCACACUGUUAGUGCUCUCCCCUCACACAGUCGUUAAAGUUGUCUUAAGAUAAUUUUGAUAACAUCAACGCAUCUCUUGUUAAUGAUGGGGCCUUCCAAAGGAUUUUUCAUUCCACGCAAGCUUUUCCCGCAUAAUACCCCUUUCACCCUUUCAAUUGGCGAAUAUCUAAAGCCGCGUUAUAGGAGCGAGAUGGGAGAACAACAACGAUCACGAUAUAAAUUCCAUUUUUAUGUCGUUUCUCCUAACCGGUGUAUGUAAAGUGUCUCGUGGUUUUUGUUGUUGUUGUUGCCAUUCAUUCCCUCCACCUCACUUGGCUCGUCGUCAUUAGCGAAUCAUCUAUUUUCGCCGAGUGCCAUUACCACCGUGUUGCUGUGUACCAUCGCCAACGCGCCCACACGAAUCUGGUUGGGUAAAUAUGCACUCCCACACACACACUCACCAAAAAUGAGGGAAACGGCUGCGUUCCGAAGCGCGCGUGUAUAUCCUUGCGGCAGGCUAAAACGCUUCUAAGCAAACAAACCAAACACUCGCACACACCAGGUUAGAAAAAACAACACCAAACCCAUCUUUCCAUACUCGAAACGGCCUAUAACGACGAGAGCAGCGUGUCAGACGGUGAGGAACAGGGUUAAAGCAUUCAUUGGGAAAUUUCGGGGUGCAUAAAUGAAUCAGAUUGUAGAGGGAGUGGUAUAAGCACCAUCAUUUGAUUAGCAUCGGUUUUAACAGCUAUGGCUUAUGCUCUCUUAUUGGCGCUAAUCGUAGCGUAGAGAUAUCCCCCAGCGCUGUGCCACCCCAAUUUUAGAUGUCCUUUUUUCACACGCUUUUUGAAGCUGCUGGUGUGCGAAAGGAAAUCGAAAAUUACCUUUAAAUGACUGUAGGCUUGUGUUUGCUUAAGGCUUGUGUCUGUAUACUUGUAUUGAUGUACAGGGUUUUCCAGGAGUUCUCAUAGCUGUGGGACACUUUGUGGGAGUACUAAAAAUGGUAUCCUUAGACCAAGAGAGUCCAAUUUCCAUCAUAUGAAGUUGACUUCUCACAAGAAAGAGUCAAAGAAGUGUCCCAUAACUAUGAGAACCCUUGGAAAACCCUGUAUUGAUUUAGAUUUGCGAAAUCGAACUGACUGGCGUGUUGAGCAUAUUAAUUGAGCGUUUUCUGUUCGAUCUAUUCCCAACGGUGCGCUUUGGCUCAUUCAAACUCUGCAAUCGACAGCAGCUGUGGAGGAUCUAGGGAAUGCAAUGAAUGGAAGAAACCGCAAAUCACUACAACCAGCAUCACUACAACCCUGUGGGGGAGAAAGAGUGAUUUUGAAACGAAUUUUUUUUUGCUGUAUUCUGUUACCCUUAUUCUUUCUCUAUCAUCCGUGUGUAGGCGUCACCAAUUACCGUCAUCGCCAUUUGAUUGAUAUGCACCAUAAUAGGCAGCCCGAUGAACACUCUCGUCGACCGUUGGUGUUUAGACGAGCAAUUAGGCGUAAAGUUUUGCGUUUUGAUAAGGAAAGCAAGAAGAAAGCCUGCAAAUGAAUUGGUUCUGUUAGUGGGACGAAGAGAAAAAAAUGGAAAAUGUCGUUCCUAAUGUAGUCAUUAUACUUUUUCCCAUCGAAACUUACCCUCGAUUGCUUUUUGUGGGGCUGUUUUUCGUUAGAGCGAGAGAACCCGCGUUAGAGAAAUGUUACAUUUCUUCCAUACAUACGAAUUGAAUGUGCCAACAAAGUGUCCAAUCUUAUGUGUUUCUGUGUGUGUGUGUGUUGUACGCGUGUUGUGCGAGAGACGGAUUUCGAUGGUUUUGUGUUUUGGAGUGUGCACACUUCCGGGGGCAUUUCCUUUUUUUCUCCCCAGUCGCUUACAAUCUCUGCGACCUAUUUCCUUUUCCCGAAACGAGUUCUUCAAUCCACCACCUUCCACUCUUCUCCUCCCCCUCUCUUCUAAUUCAAUGAAAGUAAACAAAAUGGGAAGGGAGGAAAGCCGACUUGUUCAUUUCUUGUUCUAUUAUUUAUCCACACAAGAAAAAAGGCUCUCGAGAUUAUUGGGGGAGAGAGAGAGCGAGAGCAAACGAAGGAAACGAGGUCGUAUUUGCAAAUCAGGCAAAGCGAAAUGAGGUCGUUUGAGAUUUGUUUAGCCGAAUUUGGUUCCGAAUGGCGCAAAUAUACUGAAGCAAUACUAGAAGUGUACUACGACUACACACAAUGCGUCCGCCUAGCCUGCUUCCUGGACGGUUGGUAAGGAAAGAUUUUCUUCAUUACCAUGGAAACCCGUCGCGAAUGAUUUCAAAGGAUGCUGGGAUUUAGGGUUUGUUAUUAAUUGUUGUUAUUUAUCUUACUCUCUCUCUCUCUCUCUCUCUCUCUCUCUCUCUCUCUCUCUCUCUCUCUCUCUCUCUCUCUCUCUGUCACUCUCACUCUCACUCUCACUCUCUCGCUUUCGCCUCGGUUUGUUGUUACUUCCUCCUUGACGGUACAACAUCCCUCCAACACUUAUCACACACACUCACUUACCCCAUCGUUGUGUGCAGAUCGAGAAGAAGAAGAAAAACGUCAACAAAAAAGCAAUAGUUAAAGUAAACUAACGUAACGAAACGCUUAGAGUUAGGAGAGUUUUUUUUUGCUUCAUCUUAAGUUGGUGCAAUGCUUCAUUUUCGUUUCUGUGGAUUAGGUUGGAUUGUUGCGGUAAGGAUCGUUCUUACCAUCAAAUUGUGAUUGAAAGCUUAUGUGUGUAGCAGGGCAAAAGGGGUUGUUUAAACUUUACUUUACAAUAGUGUACAUUCAUUAAAGGAAA